AUGGUGCUUUCUCGUCGAAUUGGUGCCCUCUCUAACAAGUCUGCUCUCAGCGUCCCUGCGCGGCGAAGUAUGGGAGGAUUGGCCAAUUUUCGCGUGCCUCCCAUUCGCAAUGAGCCCAAUCCAUCAUAUGCAAAGGGCUCUGCCGAGCGCUCUGAACUUCAAGCUGCCUUGGACAGGCUGAAGAGCCAAGUGCCUAUGCAGGUGCCCCUGUCUAUUGGCGGUCAAGAGAUUUCAUCGGGCUUGACCCACAUUCAAGGCAACCCAUCAGCACAUUCAGGGCCCGUCGCCAAAUAUGCCCAAGCAUCAGCCGAGCAGGUCAACGAGGCCAUCGAAAAGGCUCUACAAGCCAAGCCAGCAUGGGAGAACAUGUCUUUCAACAACCGGGCCGCGAUCUUUCUCCGCGCCGCCGAGCUCGUCGCAACCAAGUACCGCUACGACAUCAUGGCCGCCACGAUGCUGGGACAGGGCAAGAAUAUCUGGCAGGCCGAAAUCGACGCUGCCGCUGAGACGGCUGAUUUCUACCGUUUCAACGUCCACCACGCCUCGGAGCUGUAUAAGCAGCAGAACACCAUGAAUGACGCGGGCAUGUGGAAUCGCAUGGAAUACCGCCCCCUCGAGGGCUUCGUCUACGCGAUCAGUCCCUUUAACUUCACGGCGAUCGGGGCCAACUUGAUCGCUGCUCCGGCCAUCAUGGGCAACGUUGUGAUCUGGAAGCCCUCAGACUAUGCGGUCUACGCGGGUUACCUGCAAAAGAAGAUCCUCGAGGAAGCUGGCCUUCCAGAGAAUGUCAUUCAAUUCUUGCCCGGUAACCCCAAGACCGUUACGGAUACUGUCCUGGAGCGUCCAGAGUUCGCGGCCCUGCAUUACACCGGCUCGACUGAAGUUUUCCGUGAUUUGUACGGCCAGAUCGCUGACGGCGUCCGCGCCGGCCAUUAUGACAGCUACCCUCGCAUCGUUGGCGAGACUGGCGGAAAGAACUUCGCAGUCGUGCACUCGAGCGCAGACAUUCGCAAUGCGGUCGUGAACACCGUCCGCGGAGCCUUCGAAUACCAGGGACAAAAGUGCUCUGCGACCUCCCGACUCUACGUCUCCGAGUCUGUAUGGCCGGAGUUCAAGAAGCAACUCGUUCACGAAACCGAGAAGAUCAAGAUCGGGCGUCCCGAGGACUUCGAGAACCUUAUGGGCCCGGUCAUCCACGAGCGAUCGUUUAAUAAGCUCGCCAAAGUCAUCAACAACGCGAAGAAAGAUCCCUCAGUCACUCUACUGGCCGGCGGCACGACGUCCCGCGAGAAGGGCUGGUUCGUCCACCCGACGGUCUUCCAAGUUCAGGACGCUUCGCACUCACUCAUGAAGAACGAGUUCUUCGGCCCUAUCCUAUCCGUGUAUGUCUAUCCUGACAGCCAAUUCGAAGAGACUCUGUCCCAAGUAGACAAGGGUACUAAGUUCGGUCUCACCGGUGCGUUCUUCGCAAAGGAUCGAUCGGCGAUCGAAGUCGCGGAGAGGCUGCUGCGUCAUUCAGCUGGGAACUUUUAUAUUAACUGCAAGAGUAGUGGAGCGGUGGUUGGUCACCAGCCAUUUGGGGGUUCCAGGGCCAGCGGUACGAAUGAUAAGGCGACGAGUACAAACCUGGUUGCGCGUUUCGCAAGUAUCAGAAGUAUGAAAGAGGAUUUCCAGCUCGCAGAGGAGGUUGGUUAUCCUUCUAAUGUGGUUUAG